CCCUCUCCCACUUGUUCUACUUAUUCAUUUUAUCUCUUCCUGCGUCGUUUGGUUCUAUCUCUAUUUCGCUUUGGCCCACACUAAACUCACAACUUCCCCAUCAACAACUCCUUCACUUCCCUAAUUCCCCACACACAUUCUUGUUUCUCUGAUGACCCACAACACAUCCGUUUCAGUCAACAACAUAACUAAUUAAGGUUCAUUCCACUCUCAAACGCUUAAGGCCCCCUCUUGCAUCUACGCAUUCUUAAUUUUAGCUUUGACUUGCUUUGCUUAGCUUAGUUAAUUUCCGAGUGAGAGAAAGGGGUAACGGCUACGUUCCCCCGCAUUGAAAUUGGUUACUUGACAAGCGUUAUAGUAAUCAUCUGUUUUGUCAAACCUUUCACACUGACUCAACACUCUACCCUUAUUUUGUCUUUUCUGAUUUCCCUAGCAUUGCAAGUUUUGCGUGUAAGAUAAGAGUAGUAAGGCCAAGGCCAGGGAAAGUCAGCAGUGUCCUCUUGCAACCUUAACAUAAGAAUGAAUCUCCAGACAAACACUUGAAAGUGCUCGAAAUCGAUCGAUCAGAGACAAAACAGCGACACGAGGGGCCUGGAUGCUUUUAUUAUCAAUUUUUGCUUUGCGUGGCGGUUCCAUAAAUCCCAAUUGCAAGUCCCAUCAAACUUUAGAGAUGGAAAGCGGUUGAUUCAUUAUAUUGCAGUCGUCUUCGUGGUUAAUCUAUCAGAGACUAGCUAGAGAAGAAAAUUGCGGCUUCCGAAUUAUUUAAGGAAUGUUUCACGCAAACAUGUUUGAUUCUCACCCUCACUUGCUUGAUAUGUCACCCCACAAGACUACUGCUUGCUCUGAGAGUGAUUUGGGAAAGGCCUGCAGAGAUGAUGAGUACGAGACCAAAUCUAUCACUGACGCCAUGGACGCUCCUUCUGGCGACGACCAAGAUCCCAACCCGCGACCCAAAAAGAAGGGUUACCGCCGCCACACACAGCGCCAAAUAGAAGAAAUGGAAGCCUUCUUCAAGCAGUUUCCUCACCCGGAUGACAAGCAAAGAAAAGAGCUGAGCCGUGAGCUGGGGUUAGAGCCUUUGCAAGUCAAGUUUUGGUUCCAAAACAAGCGCACCCAGAUGAAGACUCAACAUGAACGAAAUGAGAAUGCUAUUUUGAAGACAGAAAAUGAAAAGCUUCGCGCUGAGAACAACAGGUACAAGGAGGCCCUAAGCAAUGCUACAUGCCCCAACUGCGGAGGCUCAGCUGCUCUUGGCGAAAUGUCCUUCGACGAGCAACACUUGAGGAUUGAGAAUGCUCGGUUAAGAGAAGAGAUUGAUAGGAUUUCAGGAAUUGCGGCCAAGUACGUUGGAAAGCCAGUGACUUCUUCGUACUCCAACCUUUCAUCUCUGAAUAACAACCACGUGCCUGUUGGUAAGUAUGGAUCACAGUCAGGCACGGUAGGAGAAAUGUAUGGAGGGAGUGACCUUUUUAGGUCACUCCCAGCUCCUGCUGAUGCUGACAAACCCAUGAUUGUGGAGCUUGCUGUUGCAGCUAUGGAGGAACUCACAAGACUAGCUCAGGCUGGAGACCCUUUGUGGGUCCCCAGCAACCACCAUUCUGAGAUUCUAAAUGAAGAGGAAUACUUGAGGACUUUCCCUAAUAGAGGCUUAGGUCCCAAACCCUUGGGUUUGAGAUCUGAAGCUUCAAGAGAAUCAGUGGUGGUCAUCAUGAAUCACAUUAACCUUAUUGAUAUCCUUAUGGACGUGAACCAAUGGUCAACUGUGUUUUGCGGUAUUGUCUCGAGAGCGUUGACCCUUGAAGUCCUUUCAACUGGAGUAGCAGGAAACUACAACGGAGCCUUGCAAGUGAUGUCAUCUGAGUUCCAAGUCCCUUCACCACUUGUUCCUACUCGUGAGAACUAUUUCGUAAGGUACUGUAAGCAGCAACCAGAUGGGAUAUGGGCAGUGGUGGAUGUUUCCUUGGAUAAUCUGCGACCCAAUACAAUCUCAAGAAGCCGAAGAAGGCCCUCUGGUUGUUUAAUUCAAGAAUUGCCAAAUGGUUACUCCAAGGUUACAUGGAUUGAACAUGUAGAAGUGGAUGAUAGAGCGGUGCAUAGCAUAUAUAGACCUCUGGUUAACUCGGGCCUGGCAUUUGGAGCUAAACGCUGGGUAGCUACAUUAGACAGACAAUGCGAACGUCUUGCCAGUUCAAUGGCCAACAACAUUCCAGCAGGGGACCUAUGUGUGAUAACGAGUGCUGAGGGAAGGAAAAGUAUGAUGAAGCUGGCGGAGAGAAUGGUAAUGAGCUAUUGCACUGGUGUUGGUGCUUCUACUGCACAUGCUUGGACAACGCUGUCCGCAACCGGAUGUGAUGACGUAAGGGUCAUGACAAGAAAGAGCACCGACGAACCUGGCAGGCCCCCCGGUAUAGUGCUCAGUGCUGCCACUUCUUUCUGGCUUCCGGUUCCUCCAAAUAGGGUUUUUGAUUUUCUACGUGAUGAAAACUCAAGAAAUGAGUGGGACAUUCUAUCCAACGGGGGUCUAGUUCAAGAAUUAGCACAUAUAGCAAAUGGUCGUGAUCCCGGCAACUGUGUCUCUUUACUUCGAGUCAAUAGUGCAAAUUCAAGCCAAAGCAAUAUGCUGAUACUUCAAGAGAGUUGCACAGAUUCUACUGGCUCAUAUGUAGUUUAUGCUCCUGUGGAUAUUGUUGCUAUGAAUGUUGUCUUGAGUGGAGGAGAUCCAGAUUAUGUUGCCCUGCUCCCCUCGGGCUUUGCUAUUCUUCCUGAUGGGCCUCCUGCAUUAAAUGGUGGGCCCAUGCAUGAAGUUGGAUCUGGAGGUUCUCUACUCACAGUUGGAUUCCAGAUCUUAGUUGAUUCAGCUCCAACCGCAAAGUUAUCUCUGGGUUCAGUGGCCACUGUUAACAGUUUAAUUAAGUGCACAGUUGAAAGGAUCAAAGUUGCAGUCAUACGUGACAACAACAACACCUGAUUUCAAUUCAGAACUUUCAUAUACAUGUCAGAAGAGCAAAUUAAGGUAGAGAAAGUAAUGAUCGAGCUUGGAGUGGUGCCUAUUUCGUUUCCAAAACAAGGGCAAGAAGUCAAUGAACGCACCUCGGAGUAUCACUUCAACGUUAGGAGUUUGAAGAAUCUUAGGUUCGGGUAUUGACUUUCACUUAUGAAUUGAAGACUAAAAUGGUUCCAUCCAGCUGUAGUAUUUUAACUUAGAAAAACUGCAAAUUUCGGACUCGCUAUUUAUUUUAGCGUAGAAUUUUGGAGUAGUAUUUGUAGGCUUGAGCAAACUUUCCUAAGUGUGGUUAUGUUGACUUUUCCUAUUGUAUUGUAAACUUCAUCUCUUUCUCUAGUGUUGUCACAGAUGUUACCGCCGUCACAGUUACACAAA